AGUAAUAUCAAGGAACGUGGCCACCAAGUCGAUUGCAUGGGAGAGAUCUACAAGAAAUCGGACAAUGUAAUCAUCUGGCUUGGCUAUGUAAGUGGAGCCGGCGCUGUCAUGUUAAAAUUCGCCAUCGACAUCUUCAAAGACGAACUGCCCUUGCACGCUUUUCGGAAGUGGUCACGUCAGGAUACCCGUUGGCAACACCAAUGGAAACAAAGUGAAGCGAGCGUCGGACUAUCUUCCCAUGACUCAGUCGAUGGCCUCCGAAGCUUCAUGGGAAAGCCCUGGUUCUCAAGAGUCUGGAUCUUACAGGAAGUGGCCAACGCAAAAUGCGCCACCGUGGAGUGCAAUCUAGGGAGUAUCCCUGCCAAGAUAUUCGCCCUCUUACCACAUGCUAUGAACUUUGAGGUCGGCGAACAGUGUCAAGCUGUCCUGGACAUCAUGCCAAGUCCCCUUAAAGGCUCAUCCUGGUGGGACCAAAAUCGAAACCUCUGCAACUUAAUGUGGAAGUUCAAAGGGUGUCAAGCCACGGACCCGAGAGACAGGGUUUACGCACUCCUCGGGAUGGCGUCCGAUCUCAAAGACACUGGAAUGAGGGCUGAUUACGCUAAGGAUGAGCGAGCGGUGAUACAAGAUUUUUGUGGUUAUCUGUUAGGCGACGUGUGCCCUGCUUACGAUUCGCUGGCAACAGAUAUUAGAGACCUGCAAGCACAACUGCCUGCCAUAUCUAUGCAACAACUCCAACAGAAGCUUCAGGGGAAACCGACAAACAACUCACUGAGGGCAUAUCUGGGACGGCAGGGCUUGAUAGCAAUGAUAGACGACCAGCAUUUCGUGGAUAUCAUGCAACAUGGAAGCCGGAUCAUGAGUCUAUUCCUGGACAAGAGUGUAUCACCCGUUUGUAUCACUUCAGACACUGCACUUCAGUCUCUACAGAGAUACCCGGAUGUCCUUGAGAUCCUUCGGAAGAGGCCAGAUUUCAUAAUUGAGCCUUUGGCAGAGUUCGUCGCUCGAGCCGUGCAACAUGAUGCAGAAGUCAUGGGACAAAUCCUUGGAUCAUCCUCGGACCCAGAACAGCUAAGGGUUGAUGCCUUGAUGGAAGCAAUCUCAAUCGGGCUGACUUCAUGUCAAACUUUCCUCGAAUACUGCCAUCCCCCUGCCAAGAUAACGGCAAAGCUACUGAGGAAAGCUAUGUUUUGCCAUCGAGACGUGCUGCGGCAUCUUCUUAGUGUAGCUCGAUCUCCAGUUCAGCUUCUCGAAAACAUUUACCUCGAUGCGAACACCGAACACCCCAAAGGAAUCAGGAUCAUCGAUGAACACAGCCGACCCGUCAUGAUGACAAAAGAACUGAUUGGCAAGGGCAUAGAGACUGGCGAAGAAGUUCUUGAGCUUUUUCUGGAAGAAAUGGGGUGCUCAAUUGAACUAGAAGAGGAUCUCUUCCUUAAAGGGAUUGCGAACGGCUUGGGAACCCUCGAAUGCCUGACUGAAGAGUGUAUAAAUCCUUUCAAUAUAACCCGAAAGGUAUAUCGAGAGGCAACCAGAGCGGGGAUGAAGACACUAGAUCUCCUCUUUCCCAGUUCCCCCACCGAAUCAGAAAUGACGGAAACUCGUGUUCUGGCGUUUUAGAAGUAGUACGACUAUACCAUUGUUUGGGGCAGAAAAUUAACUGGGAGUACGUUUUUCUUCGAAAGGACGACACAGAGGAAAAAUUGCAGAUCACAGACAAUUUGAUCUUCAAUACUAUUGGUGAGGAUUGCAAUGAAACUUUGAGACGCAUGCAAUAUGCAGAGCAACGCGUUCCUGAGGAUGCAGCUAUAAGAGCAAUCGAAAGUGGUCCAGAAGCUUUUACUACGCUGCUCAACCGACCAGGUUUAAACUUUAGAGUCACAGAGCAGAUUCGUCAAGUAGCUAGUGAACACAUGUAUGCUUUUGAGGUAUUGAGAGUGAAACGCCAGAGCGAAGUAUUCCCAGGCUCAAAUAUCAAGCCGGACCACUACUCCGUCAGGUUGAUGGAGAGGAAAUUGAAAGCGGCCUGCGGGUGGGACUAUGAUAUAACAAAAAUCAGGCUCAGUGAAAUUUUCAACUAGAUAUAGACUUAUAGUGAC